GACUGGGAAACUCUCACCUCAAAGCCAGUAGUCCUUGGCUUGGCAACAGGUGUCUAUAGAUUUCUGCUUUGAGAAGACACAGCAGUUCAAACUUGCAGCAGGAGAAGAUUAGCUUGUCAGUAUAUAUUAAAAAGGUAGGAUUUAUUUUCUAAAUAGGACCUUUUUCAGCAUAACCAGCUCUGCAGGAUUUUAUAAUGACUCAAUCAAUUAGACCUCUCCUCCUGCUGGGGGUGCUGUGUGUCUGCAGCGUUCUCAUCACUGCUGACAAACCAGCCCCAGACCAGACAGGAGAUCAUGAAGUCACCUUCAGACACAUCUAUAAGAUUGACCUGCCCACGUCCUCUGACUGUAAGGUGGAGUUGGACUCUCUCCCAGCCAAAGACGAGGGUACCGAACCUGUGGCCACUCCUGUGGGCCUGGAUGCAGACAACAACAUGGUCUUCAAACACAACAUCCGGCUGCAUACACCCAAGUGUGACUGUGGUGCCUCAGAGGCCUUCAAGUCUGUGCUGUUCAGGCUGAACCGCUUGGAGGGGGAGGUGACCUACCUGAAGGACCAGUGUUCCCAAGGCUGCUGUGGCGGUGGAGCAGGGUUGGCUAGUCUGUGUAGUGGGCACGGGACCUUCAAGCGGGAUACAUGCGGCUGUGACUGCGAUGAGGGCUGGGAGGGUGAGGACUGUUCCAGGCGUAGCUGUCCAAACGAGUGCAAUGACAAUGGGCGGUGUGUGGAUGGCAAGUGCAUCUGCUAUGAGGGCUACACUGGUGUGGACUGCAGCGAGCAGCUCUGCCUCAAUGAUUGUAGCGACAAGGGCCGCUGUGUGGACGGCAAGUGCCAGUGCUUCUCCGGCUUCACAGACGAGGACUGCAGCCAGCGCACCUGCCUCAACGACUGCAGCAGCAACGGGGAGUGUGAUGACGGGGUCUGCAUCUGUGAGGAAGGAUUUUUUGGGGACGACUGCUCCCAAGUGCUCGGCCCCAAAGAUUUCCUUUUAGUGAAAGCUUCUGAAGAAUCCCUUUUGGUGAACUGGGACUAUGUACCUGGUGCAGAGUACUAUCUCCUCACCUAUUACCCAGAGGGGGCAGAGGGGAAUAUAAAGCAGAUCAAAGUGCCAAAGACCAAGAACUCCCACCUCAUCACCGGCCUAACUUCGGGUGUCAAUUACAUCAUCAACUUAUACACAUUCAUAAAGGAUAUCUCCAGUGAGCCAAGCAAUUUGGAAGCCAGCACAGUGGUAUCUUCUAUUGACAGUGUCAAGGUGGUCUCUCAGAUGGAGCACUCCAUCCAUGUUGAGUGGAAGAACCCUCCCACUGAAGUUGAUUUUUUCAAAUUAACUAUUGUCAACCCAGAAGGUCAGGAAAAUGAGGUCAGGGUUCAAAUGGCAAAAGGAGUCAAAACCAGCUACAUCAUCAGAGAUCUUCAACCUGGCUCUUUGUACCUGAUCAAAGUGCAGUCAGUUAAGGAAGAUAUAGAAGGAAAGCCAUCUUCAGUUAACGGUGUAACAGACAUUGACAGCCCCACUAACCUGGUGACCAAGAGUGUGACAGAGGACACUGCCACCCUCACCUGGAACAGGGUGCAGGCUCCCAUCGACGAGUACAGGAUCAGCUACACCUCAGCUGAUGGGCAAAGCCAGGAGAUCUCUGUGGGGGCAGACAGGAACUCCCACAAGCUGACAGGCCUGACACCCGGAGUGGAGUAUACUGUCUACAUCUGGGCUAUGAAGGGAAAUCUCAACAGCAAGAAGACCUCCACUACAGCUAUCACAGAGAUUGAUGCCCCCACUAACCUGGUGACCAAGAAUGUGACAGCGGACACUGCCACCCUCACCUGGAACAGGGUGCAGUCUCCCAUCGAUGGGUACAGAAUCAGCUACACCUCAGCUGAUGGGCAGAGCCAGGAGAUCUCUGUGGGGGCAGACAGGAACUCCCACAAGCUGACAGGCCUGAGACCCGGAGUGGAGUAUACUGUCUACAUCUGGGCUAUGAAGGGAAAUAGCAACAGCAAGAAGACCUCCACUACAGCUGUCACAGAGAUCGACGCCCCCAGUAACCUGGUGACCAAGAGUGUGACAGAGGACACUGCCACCCUCACCUGGAAUAGGGUGCAGGCUCCCAUUGACGGGUACAGGAUCAGCUACACCUCAGCUGAUGGGCAGAGCCAGGAGAUCCCUGUGGGGGCAGACAGGAACUCCCACAAGCUGACAGGCCUGAGACCCGGAGUGGAGUAUACUGUCUACAUCUGGGCUAUGAAGGGAAAUCUCAACAGCAAGAAGACCUCCACUACAGCUGUCACAGAGAUUGAUGCCCCCACUAACCUGGUGACCAAGAAUGUGACAGAGGACACUGCCACCCUCACCUGGAACAGGGUGCAGGCUCCCAUCGAUGGGUACAGAAUCAGCUACACCUCAGCUGAUGGGCAGAGCCAGGAGAUCUCUGUGGGGGCAGACAGGAACUCCCACAAGCUGACAGGCCUGAGACCCAGAGUGGAGUAUACUGUCUACAUCUGGGCUAUGAAGGGAAAUAGCAACAGCAAGAAGACCUCCACUACAGCUGUCACAGAGAGCGACACCCCCAGUAACCUGGUGACCAAGAGUGUGACAGAGGACACUGCCACCCUCACCUGGAAUAGGGUGCAGGCUCCCAUUGACGGGUACAGGAUCAGCUACACCUCAGCUGAUGGGCAGAGCCAGGAGAUCUCUGUGGGGGCAGACAGGAACUCCCACAAGCUGACAGGCCUGAGACCUGGAGUGGAGUAUACUGUCUACAUCUGGGCUAUGAAGGGAAAUCUCAACAGCAAGAAGGCCUCCACUAAAGCUGUCACAGAGAUUGACAGCCCCACUAACCUGGUGACCAAGAGUGUGACAGAGGACACUGCCACCCUCACCUGGAACAGGGUGCAGGCUCCCAUUGACGGGUACAGGAUCAGCUACACCUCAGCUGAUGGGCAGAGCCAGGAGAUCUCUGUGGGGGCAGACAGGAACUCCCACAAGCUGACAGGCUUGAGACCCGGAGUGGAGUAUACUGUCUACAUCUGGGCUAUGAAGGGAAAUAGCAACAGCAAGAAGACCUCCACUAAAGCUGUCACAGAGAGCGACACCCCCAGUAACCUGGUGACCAAGAGUGUGACAGAGGACACUGCCACCCUCACCUGGAAUAGGGUGCAGGCUCCCAUUGACGGGUACAGGAUCAGCUACACCUCAGCUGAUGGGCAGAGCCAGGAGAUCUCUGUGGGGGCAGACAGGAACUCCCACAAGCUGACAGGCCUGAGACCUGGAGUGGAGUAUACUGUCUACAUCUGGGCUAUGAAGGGAAAUCUCAACAGCAAGAAGGCCUCCACUAAAGCUGUCACAGAGAUUGACAGCCCCACUAACCUGGUGACCAAGAGUGUGACAGAGGACACUGCCACCCUCACCUGGAACAGGGUGCAGGCUCCCAUUGACGGGUACAGGAUCAGCUACACCUCAGCUGAUGGGCAGAGCCAGGAGAUCUCUGUGGGGGCAGACAGGAACUCCCACAAGCUGACAGGCUUGAGACCCGGAGUGGAGUAUACUGUCUACAUCUGGGCUAUGAAGGGAAAUAGCAACAGCAAGAAGACCUCCACUAAAGCUGUCACAGAGAUCGACGCCCCCAGUAACCUGGUGACCAAGAGCGUGACAGAGGACACUGCCACCCUCACCUGGAAUAGGGUGCAGGCUCCCAUUGACGGGUACAGGAUCAGCUACACCUCAGCUGAUGGGCAGAGCCAGGAGAUCCCUGUGGGGGCAGACAGGAACUCCCACAAGCUGACAGGCCUGAGACCCGGAGUGGAGUAUACUGUCUACAUCUGGGCUAUGAAGGGAAAUCUCAACAGCAAGAAGGCCUCCACUAAAGCUAUCACAGAGAUUGAUGCCCCCACUAACCUGGUGACCAAGAGUGUGACAGAGGACACUGCCACCCUCACCUGGAACAGGGUGCAGGCUCCCAUCAACGAGUACAGGAUCAGCUACACCUCAGCUGAUGGGCAAAGCCAGGAGAUCUCUGUGGGGGCAGACAGGAACUCCCACAAGCUGACAGGCCUGAGACCCGGAGUGGAGUAUACUGUCUACAUCUGGGCUAUAAAGGGAAAUCUCAGCAGCAAGAAGGCCUCCACUAAAGCUGUCACAGAGAUUGAUGCCCCCACUAACCUGGUGACCAAGAAUGUGACAGAGGACACUGCCACCCUCACCUGGAACACGGUGCAGGCUCCCAUCGACGGGUACAGAAUCAGCUACACCUCAGCUGAUGGGCAGAGCCAGGAGAUCUCUGUGGGGGCAGACAGGAAUUCCCACAAGCUGACAGGCCUGAGACCUGGAGUGGAGUAUACUGUCUACAUCUGGGCUAUGAAGGGAAAUCGCAGCAGCAAGAAGACCUCCACUAAAGCUGUCACAGAAAUUGAUGCUCCUACAAAUCUGAGGGUGACUGACGCCAAAAAGGCCAGUGGAGUGGUGACGUGGACCCCUCCACAGGCUGUUAUCAGUGGCUACAUUCUUACUUAUAAGAGGGCAGAUGGAAAAGGGCAGGAGGCAGAGGAGACUCUUAGCUCAACUGAUGGAAGUUACCUUCUAGGAGGUAUGGAGCAGGGGGUUCACUACAUCGUCAGCCUAGUGGCCUUCAGAGGAGCGAUGCGCAGCAAGACAGUUGAGACCACAUUUACCACAGUUGGAGAGCUUUUCCCCUUCCCCAUGGACUGUACUCAGGCAAUGAAGAAUGGAAACACAUCAAAUGGAAUCUACACCAUUUACCUCAACAGUGACAGAUCAAAGCCAAUGAAGGUGUACUGUGACAUGACCACUGAUGGUGGUGGCUGGAUUGUUAUCCAGAGACGCAACAGCGGCAAAAUUGAUUUCUUGAAACGCUGGAAGAACUACACUCAAGGCUUUGGGGACAUGAAUGAGGAAUUCUGGCUGGGCCUGGACAAGAUGUACGACCUAACAAAUUCACAACAGUAUGAGCUGCGUGUGGAUCUGAGGGCGGGCUCCGAAUCAGUGUACGCCGUCUAUGACAACUUUAAACUGGCACCAGCAAGACAGAAAUACCAGCUGACUAUCGGAAACUAUAGAGGCACUGCGGGUGAUGCAAUGACCUACCACCAGGGCAGAGCCUUCACAACAGUGGACCGGGAUAAUGACAUUGCCCUCAGCAACUGUGCUUUCACUCAUCGUGGAGCGUGGUGGUACAAGAAUUGCCACUUGGCCAACCUGAAUGGACAAUAUGGACAAACCACCCACAGUGUGGGAGUGAACUGGAAGCCAUGGAAGGGACAUGAGUUCUCCAUCCCCUUCGCAGAAAUGAAAAUCAGACCCCGCAUCUACAGUGAAAACCCUGUGCUCGGGAGGAAGAAGAGGUCCCUCUCUGGCAGGGGAAAGAGGAGAACCGAAUGAGAAAAAAAAGAAAUUCAAACAAUAAGCUUAUAAUAUUAGGAUCAUCAGGACUGCUCAGUUUAGAAUGCAUUUCAAUGGUAGUGGGGCUGCACUGUUCUUUUCACUGUAUGGUCUUUUAUAAUUGGUAGGGCCCAGCUCAGCAGGAGAACUGUGGGGCAAAAUGGUUAGCUUUGGUCCCGCAAUUUGGCCAGCCUGUCCCAUGAUACUCAUCUCAGAUUUGUAUAUACUGUAAAGUGUGGCAGGGAUUACAUAAAUUACCACUUAAUCCAUAGGCACCUAUGCAAACCUCUAUGCAAGCCAUUUGUUUAUGUGAAAUAUGUCACUUUUCUUAGCUGAACAUUUGCUCAGAGAUAUUAUUAAACAACAGAGUCGUGCAAUAAAUUAGAAUAAUUAUUUAUGUACAGUAGUUAUGCAUUUCAAAGUAAAAAUAUCUGACAAUAGAGGUUCUGAAGCAUGUAUCUCAUGGUGGUUCUUAUCUCUAACUACAUAAGAACCACCUCUGACUACAUUUCCUCCUGACAAUGACUAUUUCAAAGGUUGAGGUUUAUUAACCUUGUAGCAGAAAUAAGAUUGCAGUAGUUUGCCUCAUUAUCACAGUGCAGUGUGCAAAAGCCUACCAACCUUACAUCAAAGAAAACAAUAGGUGCAUAAUGUAGGACAUCUACACUACCAGCCACAUAUACAUUCUUACAGGCAUUUUCAAUGUGCGUCUCCCAGGAAAGUCCCAAACUAUUACCUGCUGGGGUGCUGCUUUGAUUGGAUCAGUUAAUGUGUGCAGCAAUCUUACUUUGAACGCAUCCCCUCUAGGCACUGUCCGCUUAUUGCAUUCAGUUAUUCCAGAUGUAUUCCUGUGAAGCUUGCAGUCAAUCAUCAUUCUGAGCCUGUACAUUUCUUGGGAGUAUUCUAUACAAGUAUUAUAGAAACUGAAAUGCACUUUUUAAUGUGGAGGAGUAGCCCAGGAAUCUCACUUUUUUCAUUUGUCACAUGAAUAGAGGCACUUACUUUUAGCAAAAUGUAUUGGCCCUGUUACCAUUGAGAUCCAGUUACUGAGAGACUUUAUUUCAACUCUUUUUGCAACUAUAUAUUUCAUUUUUUUAAAUAGCUUUUUUAAAAAAGUUUACAUCACCAUAGUUUUAUACAUUUGCAUGUUCAGUAUUUUUGGUACGAAUUAUCAUCAUUAGAAUCAAUAUAAUCUGUUGAUGUUUGUAUAGAAUGGUUAUCAUCACAUGUAAAUAAAUCAUUAAACUGCAUUUCAUUAGUAUACCAUCAAAUUAUUACUAACUUUUUAAAAUAAUUAAUAUCGGUAUUAUAACUACGGGUAAUACAUUAAGUGUCUUUAACUAAACUGUAAUUACACUAACUGCAUUUGUAAAUACAGUGUAAAAUCACUUUUUUCUCUUUUUAUCAAAUAUGUUAGUUCAUGUACCUACACACCCAUUAGUAAAAUUACUAUAUUACUACAGUGUACUGUAAAGCCAUACAUAUUUUUGGCACGAAUAUCAGAUUCCAUUAACAAUAUAAUACUUCAUAUAUUGCAACAGGUUGCCAACAUUUCUGGAGCAAAAUAGGUUUUCUGGGUGUGAUUCGCCAAAUAUUUUGGUAGCAAAUAUUUAUGGCUUUACAGUAUUUACAGUGUAGUUAGAGACACCUAAUGUAAAUAUUACUUUUUCUUUUUUUUUUUAAACAGAUGCUUUAUCCACUACUCUAGUUUAAGAACUAUGCUUUGGUGGGUGUUCAUUAAAACACAAGUUGCUUAUUUUAACUAGAUAUGACAGUCCAAAGCAGACAUUUAUUUAGUCUAUGUACUAUUACAAAUAACUUUAUAAUCAAAUUGGGCAUUCUGAAAUGAUUUUACCAUUGUUUUCUUACCCCAAAGUUCAGAUAACUUUAAUUAAUGCACUUAAUUAAUGUCUGCUAGAUUGUACUGACUAAAAAUACUAUAAAGAGUAAAUGUAAGCUUUUAAAAUUGAAUGGACACAAUGAACACAACAGAAUAUUAAAGCAAAGUUCAAAAGCACUCCAAUAUAUCAGUCUUUUGUCUAAUUAGAUUUCUAUUUAUAGUACAGUACCUCAGACAAUAUUGCAGGACUAUACCUUUAGGGUGGAAUAAUGUUAGGAUGCAUUCUGAAUAUAAAUAAAGUGCUGGUUCAAAAAUGAUGAUGUAAACAUUUUCAUGGUUCUCAAUAAAAAAAAAAAACAAAAAAAAAACAUUUCUUACAAUUGAAAU